UCUAAACCAACUUAUAGCCCAUCUGGUAGAACACAGUUAAGCUGUGCUUCAUAACUUUGGAACUAACCUCACCAUAAUUUACAACAAAAGCUUAUUUAUAACUUACUGGCAACAAAACUAAGUUAUGAAUGCUACAAAUGGUGAACAGAGUUCUCCUAGUUACAAAAUUGUGUUUUUGGGCGCCUCAGGGGUCGGAAAGAGUUCUAUCUGCCACUAUUUCAUCAAAGGAGAAUUCAGCACCGACCUUGCAAGCACUGUUGGAGCCACCUUUCACUUGCAGAAGCUUAAGGUGGGGGAUGUGUCGGUGAAGUUGAAGGUUUGGGACACAGCGGGACAGGAGAGAUUCCGCAGUUUACUGCCCAUGUACUACAAGGCAUGUCAGGGGGCACUGAUCGUGUACGACAUGACUAACAGGGAAUCGUUCGAGUCUGCCCAGUCGUAUCUGCAGCUGCUGAGGAACCAGGCGGAGGAUGCGGAGGUGCUCCUGAUUGCUAACAAGUGCGACCUCGCACACAUGCGAACAGUAUCUAUGCAGGAGGGAAUGCGACAGGCGAGUAAUGAGGGAAUAGCCUAUUUGGAGACCUCUGCCAAAUCAGGGCAGAAUGUCAAAGACGCAGUACAGACACUAACCGAGAAAGUUUAUCAUAAACUGCACAAAGAGAUGUCGCCUAAUAAAGACACAGUGACACUGGACAGCAAGCCCACGGCAGAGGCAGAGGACAGAAGAAACGGCUGCUCAUGCUGAUCAUUUUCCCACAUCAUUUUGCUCAAUUUUGGCUCAAUGCUUUUUUGAUUUUUCAUU